AGAAAGCUUAAGCUAUAUAGACACAUUUGAAUCCAGAGAACACCUUUCAAGGUUCCCUCUCAAAAAAAAAAACACAUUUGAAUCCAGAGACCAUCUGCAGACGUCCAUGGAAACACAGCAACAAGAAGCGUCAUCAGGCAUGUGGUCAUGUGGAGGCAUGCGGCACAAAUCUCCAGAUCUGCACGAAGCACGCCACCAAACUGCACAAGACAGUACCACACUUUUGCAUCAUUGCCAACCCCAACCAACCUUCCUCUGGUCCUUGCCUCCUUGGCUGGCUCCUUGCCAUGCCUUGCACUUGCACAGCACCAACCUGCCCCUCUGGCCCUCUCUGUCUCUCUCUCUUCUCUCCCUCUGGGCCAGAUGAUUCUGGUGCAAAGCCUGCACUGACGAACCAGCAUCAAUGACCAUGUUUCACCUUAGCUUUCCUUCCGGGGCCCUUUAAAGAUUCCCCAUCCUCUCCACUGAUACAGUUUGAUCAUGCAAAAACUCCCCACUCAAUUAUUACCUGUCGCUCUUUCUUUUCCAAAGAGGACCACUGGACUGCUGUAUCACUGACUUUUAGUGUAUAUGGACCCUCCUCUCUCUGAGUCAUAACAACAUGCCACCUUUCCAUCACACCACUAGUGCUCUUGAACCACUUUGGUGGUCUAAUCCGGUGCCCUGAGCUGAGCUAGUCACUUGUUCUUGAGCAGUUGAGCUGCACAGAGUAACCUUUUUGCACAAGCUGCAGUUCUUGGCAUUGCAUUGCCUCGCAUGCCAUGUGACUAUGUGAGUAGCUGACCAGAGCUCACUCCAAGCUGCACACCAGCAUCAACCUAGCCCGCUAGAUCUCCCAAUGGAGCAGUCCUGCUACUUCCCUCUGCGGUGGGAGAGCACCGGCGACCAGUGGUGGUACGCUUCGCCGAUCGACUGGGCGGCGGCCGACGGCCACUACGACAUCGUCCGGCAGCUGCUGCACCUCGACCCCAACCUGCUCAUCAAGCUCACCUCCCUCCGCCGGAUCCGACGGCUCGAGGCGCUGUGGGACGACGACGCCCGCUUCGCCGACGCGGCGCGGCACCGCGCGUCCGUCGCCCGGAGCCUGCUGCUUGAGUGUGAGUGCAGGAACCACCACCCUGGCGGCCGUGGUGGCGAGAACACGCUGCUCCGGGCCGGGUACGGGGGGUGGGUACUGUACACGGCUGCGUCGGCGGGGGACAUGGCGUUCGUGCAGGAGCUGCUGAGCAGGGACCCACUUCUCGUCUUCGGCGAGGGCGAGUACGGCGUGACGGACAUGUUCUACGCGGCGGCAAGGGGCGGGAGCGCCGAGGUGUUCAGGCUGCUGCUCGACCACGCCAUGUCGCCGAGGUCCUCGACGAAUUGCCGGGACGGCGAAGGCGGGAAUGUCAGUGGCGGCGGUCGCGGGUCGAUUUUCCGGCUGGAGAUGAUGAGCAGGGCCGUCCACGCAGCGGCGAGAGGCGGGAGCAUGGAGAUGCUGAGGGAGCUCAUCGAGCGGCGCUCCGACGUAUCGGAGUAUCUCGACGUCCGUGGAUCCACCGUGCUGCAUGCUGCUGCUGGGAGAGGGCAGCUGCAGGUUGUCAAGUACCUUCUGGCCUCUUUCGACAUAAUAAAUUCCACUGAUAAUCACGGGAACACUGCACUGCAUGUAGCAGCCUAUCGAGGGAACCAGCCUGUUGUCGAAGCAUUGGUUGAGUCAUCUCCAUCAACCAUGUCAGCUGUCAAUAUUGCUGGUGAUACAUUUCUUCAUUCAGCGGUUGCAGGAUUUAGGACCCCAGGAUUCCGACGGCUUGAUCGCCAAUUGGAGUUGAUGAGAUACCUUAUUCGUGAAAGAACAGCAGACAUCCAAAAGAUCAUCAACUUAAAAAACGAUGCGGGCCUUACUGUUCUUCACAUGGCUGUGGUUGGCAGCGUGCAUCCAGACCUCGUCGAGCUCUUGAUGACCACCCCGUCAAUCGACCUUAAUGCGGAAGACACCAAUGGCAUGACCGCGCUAGCAUUGCUGAAGCAGCAACUUCGUUCAGCGACAUCAGACCGGCUCAUCAAGCAAAUAGUUUCUGCUGGAGGAGUGUUGAAUUCUAGUAUUUUGAGAACUCGGUCAGCCAUUGCUUCCCAGAUAAAGAUGCAGGGAGGAAUUGCAAGCAGUCCUGGUACCACUUUUAAAGUAUCAGAUGCAGAGGUAUUCUUGUUCUCGGGUAUCGGAGCAACAGAGUCUCGAAGGCCAAGCUCAUGCUCUAGCAAUGGCAAGGAUGACCCUACUCACGCAGACGCAAACGGUGCAGGUGACGAUAACCAUGGAUCGUCAGGGAAGAGGCUGAGCUCUGCAAGCCGAGCCAAGGACCGUCUCAAGAUGAUGCUGAGAUGGCCUCGCCACAAGGAGAAGAUGUCGAAGACGCCAAAGAAAUCAGAGGACAGCAGCCCGCUGGACUCCAUCAAGAAAUUGAACGAUCAUGGCAUCGAGACCCCGGCUCCGCUGAGGCAGAAAUUCACCAAGACGACGGCGCUCAACAACAAGCGGACUCUUGCGGUCAAGAGCUCUACUCCUACCUCCUCGGUGACCAAGAAGAAGCUCAACACGAAGCUCAUACACGGCAUCAUGGAGGCCAUGCCGCAGUUGGCACCGUCCGUGCAGUCUCGGUCUCCGACUAGCACCGUCCCGAGGUCCUCGAUGUCCUCCACUCCACCGCCGUUGGCGAAGCUGAAGGACAUCUGCCUGGAAGACGAGAUCUACAUGGUGACGCCGCCCUCCGGUAAGCUGAAGGACAUUGUCCUGGACAGCGACGCCACGGAGGACCCGUCGUGCUCCAACUCGUCCAUGGACGACUGCGGUGGCGCGGCGGAGAACGCAACCCGGAGGCACGGGUGCGGGAACGGGAGGCUGAUCAACAUCUGCUUCGGCGCGCAGGGCCUCACUGUGGAGGACUCGGUGAGUGGGCAGCAGACGAGCAAGAUGUUCAAGCAGCAGUGCCUUAGGGUGUCUUGAUCGACGGACGCCGCCCCUAGUGUUGUCUCUGGAAUGGUUUCUUGUGCGGCUUAACGACCCCAGCUUGCCUGUUGAACUCCAUGGUUAACUGGUGCGUGUGUGGUGUGCUGAUUGAAUUGUUACCUCUCGCGUGUGUGUAUCGUAGCUAGCUGUGCUCUGAUUUCUGGUUGUGCUGCCUAGCGUGACUAGCGGUGAUCUUGUGUAUUUGUGCUUGUGCUAAUAGAUGCUGUUGACGAAUUCACAGCUCGUGGUUUCCAA